UUCACUUUUAGUUUUAGCGGCCUGUAAUGAUUUGUGAACUUCUCCGAGGUCACAUUUCAUUAUUUCGAUGCGAUCUUUCUUCACUUUAUAAAGCUUGCGACUACUCCCUAGCACCAGCAGCCUCAGGAUUAUGAAUAUUUACACAGAAUAAUUUUCAAGAUGAGUGCACAGGCAGAGCAGAGGUUCACCGCACUGCGUAAGCGACUAGACCAGCUUGGUUAUCGGCAAGCAUUAGGAAUAGACUCUUUACCGUUGGUGGAGAAAUUAUUCAAUGACUUAGUCCACACUACAAGCAGUCUUAAGAACGCCAAACUUCAGGCAAGCAGGAGUGUUGAAGAGAAAAACCCCAUAUGCACUGAUGAGGCGUACCGUAGUGACAACGCUAAACUAGUCCGUGAGAACAAUGAUCUUCAUCUUCAACUCAUCAAGCUUAAGGAAGACACUGAUGUAUCAAUUAAAGAUCUUAAAGCAUCAUUGAGGAAACUAGAACACGAAAAUGCAGAUCUAAGAUUCCUCAACUCUCAAUUUGUGCAUAAAGUCCGAGCACUUGAGAAGGAGGCCAAGACUAAAGGGGAUCGCAUCAGUCAGUUACAGGAGAAGAACUUCCAUGCUGUAGUCCAGACACCUGGUGGCCGCAAGAGACAUAUACCAUUUCGUCGGCAGAGAAUGGACAUAGAUUGCACUGUACCAGCAGACAUGGCAGAUGCUUCUCAUCAGCCUCUAUCAGAUCCCUUCGAUGAGAGACCGGUGGUGAGCACCGUGCCUAAUGACCCAUAUAUAGCAGACCUAGUGAAGCAGUCUGAUGACAGGGCUGGGACUCUUCAAAAUGAAGUGGACAGAUUGAGUGUGAAAGAAGAAAGGAACGAGAAGAUGAUAAAGAGACUGUCUAAGCAGGUUGAAAUUCGAGAUAAUGAGAUAACUCGCCUGUCUCGUCAGCUAGAGGGAGGACGACCUUUUGAUGUGGUCUCAACAGAGGCCAAGAAUAGGAGUAAUGAAAGGCUAAUCUCGCAUCUUAAUGUCCAGAUUGACUAUUUACAACAAGCUAACCGCGACGCUGAACGACGUCUACGUGAGUCGACCAUUUCACAAGACAAUGCAAACCAGAAGGUCAUUGAACUCACAGAGAAGAAUGAAGAGCUAGCGAAUGAGUUGCGGAAUGUUGACCGCCUUGCCCAUAAGCUUCAAGCAGACAAGAACAAUGUGAUAUGGGCUGCCGAUAAGGAUGUUACGGAUGCAAAGGUAGAACUACAGGAAACAUCAAGAGAAGUGGCAUCUUUAGAUCUUGAGCUGGACCAACUUAGACAGGAGAAUAAGAAUUUGAUCGCAGAUGUUGAGCAAUCCAAUCUUGAGCUGUCUUUACAGGGCCAGGAGAUGGGAAGGUUACAAGAUCUACUGAUUCGUGUCCAAGAUGACAAACGAUGGCUCAGUGACAAAAUCAGCAAGCUUACUUCAAAUGAGAGAGAGCUUGUCUUAGAGCUUGAACGAAUCCGAAACAAAGCAGGAGGUAAGACCAAAACAAAGUCGCCUUCUAAGAUGGACACCUACCUCAAGACCCUUGAGGAGGAGAGAGAUUACUACAAAGGAGAGACAGAUGUCCUCAAUAAGUUGCUGAAGAGUCACAAUAUGUCACGGACUGUGUCUAGAGACCUAAGUCCUAAAAGGUCAAGCCGGGCAGCUAGUCCAUCAAGGACUCCUAGCAAAGCGGAUAAGAAGUCUUCUUCCCACUAUGAGGCUAUAAUGCGAGUUCUUGAAGAUGAGAAGAAUUACUACAAGAAGGAAUAUGAGAUGCUAAGAGCUCGUUCAUCCAUCAGCCCCAAGAAAGCCACAGUAUCUCCACCCACAAGAGACAGGACGGUUGCUGAGGAAACUGAGAUAAUCAAACUGAGAAGGGAAAGAGAUGAACUGCAGUCGCUCCUUGAUAAGUUUGAGAGACAUCUUGCAGAGAUUCAAGCCAAUGUUAAAGUCUUAACAAGUGAGAGGGACAAGACUAAUAUUCUUUAUGAGCAGGCCAAUGGUGAACUACAGAGACUGAGACGAGAGCUUGUCAAGUCACCCAAGUCAUCUCGUGCCUCAGUCGUAGCUCAGUCCAUUCUACAACGGGUUGAACUAGAGAGGGACGAGGCACUAGCGGAUCUAAGACGAAUGGUCACUGAAAGGGACAGUCUCAGGGAGAGGUUAAAGAUUUCUACUGACGGCCAUCUUGGUGAAAAGGCCCGAAAUGAGCAGAAAAUUGAAGAUCUUCAAAGAGCUGCUGAGAAUGCUGAGCAAGAAUGUAGCAGUCUUCAAUCUCGUGUGAUGUCCUUCCAGGCUAUGAUCUCUACUCUCGAGGAGCAGGUUCGAUCUCAAACGCUGCGGAUUGAAGAGGCUUAUGAGGAAUCAUCACAACACAAAGCAACAUCCACACAAAUGAGAUUGUUGGCUGAGCAAGCAGAAACCUCACUUGAUGAUUACCAACGGAGGUUGAACCAACGAUCGGGUGAAUUACAGGCAGCUGAAGAAAGAAGCACAAGACUUGAAGAACGCAUCACUGAUUUAACAGCGACUAGCAGCAGCUUGAGGGAUGAGGUAAGGCAUCUUCGAGGUACAGUCAGCUCACUAGACAGAGAGAAGGAUACACUGCAGAAUGUUGUAGACGAAAAGACAGAGAAGAUUGCUGGGUUGGAGCAUGAGGUUGUCGGUAGAGGGAGAAGUCUUAGUGAUACAAGAGCAACUGUGGAAGACCUACAGGAAAGACUUGAACUAGCAAACGAUGAGCUUGGGAGCAAAGACAGAGAGGUACGAAGUCUCCGUCGACAGCUUGACUCCUCAAGAGAUGAGUUGACAGAGACGGUGAGAGGUCGAGAUGCAACCAUGAGAGAAAAUAGAAGGAUACAAGAGGACCUUGCAACAAUGACGAGGGAAAACCAGACGAUUAAUCAUGAGCUUGAGGAGGCAAUAGAAGAACGAGAGAAUCUAAAGGAACAGAUACAGGAAUACAUAGCAGAGGUUGCUCGCAUUGAGGACCUGUUGGCCGCUAAGGAGCGUGAGAACCGAGAUCUACUAGAGAACUAUCGCUCAGCUACGACGGAAGCGCAGCGUUGGGAGACGGAAGCAUCUCAAAGAUCAGGAGAGUCAUCUACAGUCAAGAUAGAAUUAAUGACUAGAGACUCAGAGAUGAAAAGACUACGCGAGAAAUUACUACUAUUAGAAAGGGAUGUCCAACAGCAUGUGUCCACAGAGCAAGCCUAUGAGCUACAAGUGUCGAGUCUAACCAGAUCUCUCGCUAACAUGGAGGAGAGUAUACGACAGCUACAGGACGAGAAGACGUCUCUAGUGCAGGAUCUUACUGCUGUUAGAGAUCUCUGUAUUAAGCUAGAGAAUACUAAGGAAGUUAUGUCUCGUCAACUCACAACCAGAAAUAUAGACACUGAGCAGCUUGAGUCAUCAGUGGAUGACCAGCGACGUGAGAUAGAGAUGCUACGGAACCAGGUUGGUACAGAGAGAGCAUCGGUACGCAACUUGGAAACUCUCCUGUCCAACAACCGGGAAAAGGAAUUCCAAGCCCAGUUGGACAGUCAAGAACACAGAUCAGAGAUUCAACUGGUUAAAGACAGAUUGGCUUUAGCCGACAGCAAAGUGCAAAGCCAGAGUCGUGAGCUUCAGACCUUAAGAUCCAGAGCUGCUCAGCUGGAGGCAGACUUGGAGAAAGUCAGGAGACAGCUCACCAGUGAGCGCUUUGAGAA